AUGGAGAGAAAGGGAAAGGAGAGGCUAUUUUUGUUCUUCACUUUAAAAAAGUCUGAUUUUUCUCUUAUUUUCAGAUAUUGCGUACUAGCUUAUUAUGAUGCUGCACCAAGGGAUUGGUGUUGUGACGAUUGUGAAAAGGGCAAAGGGGUAUUGUCUUUAUCACGUAGACUGGAAAAUAGGUAUUCUCACGGAUCCAAGUUACAUGCACCUGCAAAGAUUUUUCUGAGUACUGUGCCACCAAAGAAACUUGGUAAGUUUCCUGGUGGGCAUUGUAUUAAUUGGGAAAAGGAGGUAACGACCGGGAAAACAAGAUAUAUUCCCGUUGAGGAAUCACUUGGUCUAUUAUCAGGCAUAGAGAAAUCUACUAGCUCCUCAAGAGUCGUGUCAACAAAAUCCAUGGAAACCAUUACUCAGGGGAAUUUUGGCAAGUAUCAAGCUCAAUGUUCAAGAUCUUUUCCUGAGAAGAGUACAGCGCAGUGGUCUUUAGGAUCAGAAGGAUAUACUAAAUCUCAGAAUUUGAAAAAGGCCAAAAUCACUGCAAAGAGCAAAGAACCAGUACAAUCAUCUAAGGGUCUUGGUGGUUCUAUCAAUCUCGAGCGCAGGAGUCCCCAUGUUGUGAACGAGAGUGGAAUUAUACCUAUGCCACACCGUUGUGAUCCUGCUCUAGUUCCUUCCUGGAAGGGAAGUUUUGACAUCUUAGGUACUCUACCAUCUGUAUCUGGAAUGCUAAAUAAUUGUAUCCAGGCUCAUCCGCCUUCCAGAAUUAGGCGUAAGGUGUACGAGUUCUCAAGGAAAUUGCCUGAAACUCUUAAAUUUGAAGUACUUCCACGUGAGAAUAUCUGGACAAGCCUAUUCAAUGACCAUUCUCCAGGCAAAGAAGAUAUAGGAAUGUAUUUCUUUGCAAGUGAGAGAGAAAGGUCUGAGAAAUAUAUUGCUCUGGUGGAGUCCAUGAGUAUCAAUGAUUUGGUGAUGAGAACACUUAUAUAUGAUGUUGAGCUGCUUAUACUUCCAUCCACAGCCCUGUGCAGUGAUUAUCAAAGAUUGAACAACGAGAACUUCCUGUGGGGAUUGUUUUAUUGCGCGGGACAAGAUACAAUGGGAUGUGCUGAAGGGGCAGCAACAAAGUGAUUGAUAUGGAGAUAAACGUUAUUAGGAGGGAAGAUGUCUGUACAGCGAAUGAGGUUGACGUGGAGAAUAAUGAGAAUGAGGUUGAAAUGGAGGUAGACAUGAUAGAUGGAGAAAAUAUAGGAAUACUGGGCAUUGUUGUCUCGACAACUACCAGAAAUGGGUUUGGUAGCUCUCUUAAAGAAACUGUUAGUGCUGCCACCUGCAAUGGCUCUGAAUCAGUUUACACCUUUAAUAUUUGUUGAAAUAUUGAGAACUUAUUACAAGAGGACUUCAAGUGAAACAAUACUGUUCACUUACAAAUGCUUACCUUCUUUUUUGUGCCCAAAUAUAAAUGUCUAUAUGCGGUCUUUCAAAUUUAUACAAUUUUUUGCUAACAUGGCAAAAUGUUUAUGUCUACCCUAA